AUGAGUGCAGAGAUCCCGCUGUCUACAUUCGAUCCUCCAGGCAAGGCAAAAAAGCGUCAACAGACAUCCACAUCGGCUUCGGUGUCUGCAGACCUAUCGUCGAAUUCGAUAGCAGUCGUGUCCUCGGUCGCAUCGUCAACUUCCUCAGCUUCAACGAGUGCAGCAACACCAACCAUAAUCGAUUUCCCGACCCCCGAUGGACCGCCGCUUUUGCAAAUCGGGAGUUACAAUUGCACAUCUCUGAUGACGCUAGACUUACUUACCGGCAUACUAGAGAAGUUCCUCGAAACAACAGCUACUACAACUAGUGCAGCGAUAACUAUGUUCACUUUCAACGUACAUGCUGCUUCAUCUAUCACAGAUCCAGACGCUCCAGCUCCAAACCUGUCUCCGAAUCAACUUCCUCAGUCUGGGCAAUUGCUCAGCGAUGUGUUGCAGGGUAAUCUUUCUGAUGACACAUUCACUCCGUCUACUUUGGCCGACCAACGUGCGAACUUGAAUAGCUCGUGGUAUAACGUCGAUUGGAAUAAUCGUCCACUCAUGGGUUACUACGAGAACUCCAAGAAUGCUGACGGACACUUGUUCACGGAAAGUGGGUGGCCAAACGAAGCUUACAUGGAGUUCAAGCAGCUAUAUCGACUUAUCACUAGUUAUGGCACUGUUGCCCCGCAGAUGUCGGAUUAUAACAUAGGACCAGAUCUCGACUACGUCUUCCCUCCUGGAACCAUUGUCGAUGAAAAGACACUAUCAGUUGGCACGGAUGGACGUGUGACUUCCGGUUGCUUGCUUUCUUCUUCCGACAACAUCGUUACUUCGACAACGAACUCAUCUUGGGCCCUUGCCGAAGUCCCAUCACUCGAUAUCAGCGCAAACCCAGACUUCUCCUCGAUUAUACCCUCGGUCACUAACUUUACCGCCUGUGGUAUAACCCCCUUCCUCAAUCAAACCCUCGGAGACACCACUGCGGACAAGAAUCCCUUACCUUAUGCCGCAUAUGUACAGUCUACAUUAUGGUCGUUCGCGCCUGGUCAACCCCUCAAUUCCUCUGAAGAGGGGGACGACACUAAUGACAACCGCUGCGUCGUCAUGAUGAUGAAACCACCCUAUGCAGGGCGCUGGCGCGUAGAAGACUGCAACCAACACCAUCGUGUCGCCUGCCACGAUCCCCGACAACCUUACGACUGGCGUAUCUCCGACGAUUCAACUUACUAUCGCAACGCCGAAUACUAUUGCAAAGACCCAUACCAAUUUAAUGUCCCACACACCGCGCUAGAAAACUCGCACCUGUUUUCUGCUUUUCAGGCCGCCGCUCCUAAUGAUGACGCGCUUUACAUCAACUUGAAUGCUUUAAGUGUGCCAGACUGCUGGGUCAUUGGACUCAAUGGAACGUGUCCGUACCUUCCUACGACAGACACGAAUCGUACGCGCAUCGUUGUAGUGCCAACUGUAGCGGCUGUGAUUAUCUUUCUUUUGGCUGCGUUAACCUUCUUUGUCAAAUGCGCUGCAAAUCGGAGGGAGAACAAGAGAGGACGGAAGAGAAGACUGGUUGAUGGCUGGGAGUAUGAAGGCGUUCCUAGUUAA